GGCUCCAGUGGUCAUAUGAGGCUGGAAAAAUAUAUAGAUGCAGCACUGCGGCCUUUCCAGAUGUUUGAGUGUGAUACUCCAGUGAGAAAUUGAUCCCUUGGAUUAGGUAACUAGUCAUAAUGAAGAAAAUUAGUCUUAAAACCUUCCGGAAGUCUUUUAAUUUGAAUAAAAGUAAAGAAGACACUGAUUUCAUGGUAGUACAACAGCCAUCCCUAGCCAGUGACUUUGGAAAAGAUGAUUCCUUGUUUGGUAGCUGCUACGGUAAAGAUAUGGCCAGCUGUGAUAUCAAUAGCGAAGAUGAGAAAGGUGGGAAAAGCAGAUCCAAGAGCGAGAGCCUGAUGGGGACCCUGAAAAGGCGACUUUCUGUGAAGCAGAAGCCCAAGGGCAAGGGCAGCACGCCCUCGGGGGGCUUGGCUGAGGAGGACACCUUCUCCUCCUCCUCGGCUCCUGUGGUCUUCAAGGACGUCAGAGCUCAGAGGCCCAUCAGGUCCACUUCCCUCCGCAGUCACCACUACAGCCCCACGCCCUGGCCUCUCCGACCCACGAACUCUGAGGAGACCUGUAUCAAAAUGGAGGUGAGGGUCAAAGCUUUGGUCCACUCUUCUAGUCCAAGUCCUGCGCUGAACGGGGUUCGAAAGGAUUUCCAUGACCUUCAGGCUGAAACUGUGUGCCAGGAGCAGAAUGGUUCCCUCAAGCGUUCAGAUUCUCCCCACGGAGACUUGCAUCUCCACCUGGAGGAACACGUGCCUGUAGUUAUUGGACUUGUGCCUCAGGACUACAUUCAGUACACCGUGCCUUUAGACGAGGGGAUGUGUCCUUUGGAAGGAUCGCGCAGCUAUUGUCUGGACACUUCUUCGCCCAUGGAGGUCUCUGCGGUUCCUCCUCAAGUGGGAGGGAGCUCUUUUGCCGAAGAUGAGAAUCAGGUAGACCAGGACCUAGUUGUUGCCCCAGAGAUCUUUGUAGACCAGUCAGUGAAUGGCUUGUUGAUUGGCACCACAGGAGUCAUGUUGCAGAGCCCCAGAGCAAGUCAUGAUGAGGUCCCUCCACUCUCGCCAUUGCUACCUCCAAUGCAGACUAAUCAGAUCCAAAGGAACUUCAGUGGGCUCACGGGCACAGAUGCCCAUGUGGCUGAAAGUAUGCGCUGUCAUUUGAAUUUUGAUCCUAACUCUGCCCCUGGGGUGGCAAGGGUUUAUGACUCUGUGCAAAGUAGUGGUCCCAUGGUUGUGACAAGCCUUACGGAGGAGCUGAAGAAACUUGCAAAACAAGGAUGGUACUGGGGACCAAUCACACGCUGGGAGGCAGAAGGGAAGCUAGCCAACGUGCCCGAUGGUUCUUUUCUUGUUCGGGAUAGUUCUGACGACCGUUACCUUCUAAGCUUGAGCUUUCGUUCCCAUGGUAAAACACUUCACACUAGAAUUGAGCACUCGAAUGGUAGGUUUAGCUUUUAUGAACAACCAGAUGUGGAAGGACAUACAUCCAUAGUUGAUCUAAUCGAGCAUUCAAUCAGGGACUCUGAAAAUGGAGCUUUUUGUUAUUCAAGGUCUCGGUUGCCUGGAUCUGCAACCUACCCCGUCAGACUGACCAAUCCAGUGUCACGGUUCAUGCAGGUGCGUUCUCUGCAGUACCUGUGUCGUUUCGUUAUACGUCAGUAUACCAGGAUAGACCUGAUUCAGAAACUGCCUUUGCCAAACAAAAUGAAGGAUUAUUUACAGGAGAAGCACUACUGAAAGAUUGAGAACCCUGCAUCUUGCACUUUGGGAAUAAGAAAAAGAGAUUGAGAUACAGUUUACAACUUUCAUUGCCAUCAGAAUCUUUUGCUGCCAUAACUAUUUUAAUUUUAUGUGUAAGAGUCAACAGUUUGUUAAGGGGUGGGGAAGUGUCUGCAAGGUGUCUUGGGUUUAUUUUGGUUCUUUAAAAAGGGAUGUCUUGAGAUUCUAGAAGUGUGAAUUAUCUUUCAUUAGUGUGCCGAAUAAUCGCAAUGUGAAUUAUCAGAUUCUCCUUGAUGCCCCCCCCCCGUCCUUUGCUGCUAUCCACUGUGAUUUUUAUGCAUUAAAAGCACAUUUCAUGUGUCUUCAACCCUAAGUAAAGUUGAAUGAAACUUA